AUGAAGGAAGUGCUCAAGAGUCUCGCUGUGGGCAUCCCGUCGCCGCUCCCGCCGCCAUGCAAAGCGCUUGAUCCGAAUGUUCCGCACGCGCCCAGGCGCACGCCAAACCUGUCCCCUGAGGAUCGUCGUCAGGCACUUGCUAAUGCCCUGCGUUAUUUCAACCCCGCCGAUCACGAACUACUCGCAGAGGAGUUCAACAAGGAGUUGGAUGACUAUGGGCACAUCUACAUGUACCGCCUCCGUCCCACCCAGUACGAGAUGAAGGCCUACCCCAUCACUGACUACCCCGCCAAGAGCAAGUUUGCGGCGGCGAUGAUGCUGAUGAUCAUGAACAACCUUGACGCUCGUGUGGCCAUGUUUCCCCACGAGCUCAUCACCUACGGUGGUAACGGGGGGGUGCUCAACAACUGGGGGCAGUUCUGUCUGGUGAUGAAGUACCUGAGUGAGAUGACGGACCAUCAAACCCUUGCACUUUAUUCAGGUCACCCGCUGGGUCUCUUUCCAAGCCACCCGGAUGCCCCUCGUGCAGUGAUUACAAACGGCAUGAUGGUGCCAAACUACUCUUCCCGUGAGCAGUACGACCGCCUUUACGCGAUGGGGUGCACACAGUAUGGUCAGAUGACAGCUGGCUCCUUCUGCUACAUUGGCCCGCAAGGCAUUGUACACGGCACGACCAUCACAUUCCGUAAUGCCGGACGCAAAUACCUCGGCGUACAUGACCUCGCAGGAAAAGUCGUCUUGACCAGCGGCCUUGGUGGUAUGAGUGGGGCACAGGGAAAGGCCGGUGUUAUUUGCCGUGCUGUCGUCGUCGUGGCUGAAGUUGACCCCAGUGCCCUCUACAAACGGAAAGAGCAGGGAUGGUUGAUGGAGGUGGAAACGGAUGUGGAGACCCUCCUCAAGCGGGUCCGCGCCGCCGCCGCCGCCAAGGAGGCGGUUAGCAUUGGCUACCUCGGCAAUGUUGUGACCGUGUGGGAACGCCUGGUGCAGGAAAAGGAUAACAUUGUCCACCUCGGCUCUGACCAAACAAGUUGCCACAACCCGUUUAAUGGUGGGUACUACCCUGUGCAGCUCACGUUUGAGGAAAGCAAGAAGAUGAUGACGGAGAAUCCAGACAAGUUCAAGGAGCUUGUGCAGGAGUCCCUGCGUCGCCAGGUUACCGCCAUCAAUGCCAUGGCUGCGCGUGGUCUGCACUUUUGGGAUUACGGCAACAGCUUCCUUCUGGAGGCCUCUCGUGCAGGGGCGCAGGUGUGGGCUCCCGAUGAUAAGGUGCGAAGAGUCAACUGCUUCCGCUACCCAUCAUAUGUACAGGAUAUUAUGGGUGACGUGUUUGCGCUUGGCUUUGGCCCCUUCCGCUGGGUCUGUUCCUCGUGUCUACCUGAGGACCUCGAGCUCACCGACAAAAUUGCCGCGGAAACGCUGGAGACGCUGAUGAAGGAUGCCGCCAUCAAGUCACAGGAGCAGAUCUCGGACAACCUCCUUUGGAUUAAGCAGGCUGGCGAGAAUAAGCUCGUUGUGGGUUCACAAGCUCGCAUUCUGUACGCCGACUGCGAGGGAAGGCAGACCAUCGCCAAGAACUUCAACGACGCCAUCCGCGACGGGCGGCUUAAGGGGCCGGUGGUGCUCUCGCGCGAUCACCACGACGUGAGCGGAACGGAUUCCCCCUUCCGUGAAACCUCUGACCUGUACGACGGUUCCGCCCUCACUGCGGACAUGGCCGUGCAGAAUGUCAUUGGUGACUCCUUCCGUGGCGCAACCUGGGUCUCGCUGCAUAACGGCGGUGGUACAGGCUGGGGCGAGGCCAUGAACGGUGGCUUCUGCCUAGUGCUUGACGGCUCCGCCGACGCCGAGCGCCGUGCCAAGCUAAUGCUUUUGUGGGAUGUUAUGAACGGUGUCACGCGUCGCUCGUGGAGUGGAAAUGCGUGCGGCCGUGAGACUGCGGUGCGGGCCAUGUCCCGCGUGGAGGGGCUGAAGAUCACUAUUCCGCAACCCGUCAAACCUGAGGUGUUGCAGAAGUACUAG